CUGGCUCGAUGGGUGAGAGGUUAACAAGCAAUCUAUGUUCGGUUUGAGAACAUCCUCAUGGGAGCUCGUGCUCUCGCGCGCGCUUUCUAUUCUUGUCGUGUUGAAACUUGUCCAUCGACCUGAAACGGGACAUUGAUCCCAUGAUGUGUGAUUCUGACAAGCCAACCUUAAUAUAUCGCCGUCACAGACUGGUGCUUGGCCAAUUAAACAAAAUCGACACCAUCUGACGUCUUUUGCGCAUUUACAUAUCCCGCGUCUCGCGGAGCAGUUAGAGCAGAUUGAGAGAAGUUGUUGACAGCGUAGUUGUCUUGGUAGUUUAUCACAUGAGGUCAGCGAUCGUUUCUGUUACCGGUUAGACAUGCCGUUGUAGAUGUUUUCUGCCAGUGGUCAGUAAAUUGGAAACGCAUCUAGCAUACAUGCCGACUUCAUGUUGUUUUUCAGUUGAAGAAAUCCAGUCGAUAUUUCCAGCUCACCGUUUCAGGGUUAGACAUCAAAUCAGUGCAAAUCUAAUCUCAUCAGAGCACGCACGCAUAUACACACACACGCGUCAUCAAUAGGUGUUAAAACUUAGGUGUAUAAAAAGGUUAAGCUGUGUCACUUAAAAUGUAUUUCUUUAACACUCUGUAAAGAAAUAAGCAAAAAGUUCUGUGUAUAGUGAAGCGAGUAUUCUUUAGCGUUUUUUAGGUAGGCUAAUUCAGUCAAGGGGGGCAAAAAAUCUCAAGGAAUCCAAUGACGCGCGCGACGCCUUUUCAGUACCACGGACAGUUCCACGCGCGCACAGCGUCUCCGAGGCGCGCGCUCAACGCAAACUUCCCUCGCUGAAUAAAACCUGGAUUCCACUGCUGGAAUUCAGCCAUACAUUUUAAAUACAACAUUAGAGUAAUAGGAAACUGUCACCAAGGAUACGAAGAAAAUACACGGACUUAUAACCGAUGUCUUCAAGUAGAUCCGCCUGGAAUCUGCCGAUGAGAGGUGAACUGGACAGGUCAGAUUCUGAUCAAGCGGGAGAUGGCGAUGAUGCUUGAGUUUGCCUACGCCUCCUUACAUGCACACUGAAGUGUCUGAAGUCUUCCCUUAGCACGGCUUGAGCGCUAUCCCUUUCCGACACGUAAGAGGACCAAAGACUGCUAAACACGGAUUGACCUGCAAAGCGCCCAGAUCUUUACGCACCAUGGCUCAGAGGUCAACUCAUUUCAGAGGUCAUGGCCCCUCCUGGCCGCUUCAUCUCACUCUGCUGCUGCUUCUAUUGGCCAGGACACCCCAGGCUUUGGCUAUCCCAGGUUACAACACUGACAUCUCCAAGAAGGAGAUCGUAAUCGAGGGGGAUCUGGUGAUUGGAGGCCUGUUUCCUGUUCAUCAAAAGGGGGAGGGGGCUCAGGACUGUGGCCGUAUCAAUGCACAGAGAGGGAUUCAGAGACUGGAAGCAAUGCUGCUAGCCCUGGACGAGAUCAAUCAAGAUGAUCAGAUUUUGCCCGGGGUAACGUUAGGUGCCCACAUUCUGGACACUUGCUCUAAGGACACGUACGCGCUGGAGCAGUCGCUUGAAUUUGUGCGUGCUUCGCUUACGAAAGUGGAUGAUAGUGAGUACACAUGCCCGGAUGGAUCCUACGCCAUCCAUGAUGAUGUUCCGCUCGCAAUCUCCGGAGUGAUUGGAGGCUCCUACAGUGAUGUAUCCAUACAGGUACCGAUUAAUGUCCAAUUUUAAAAAUGUUUAUUCGUU